AUGGUUACAAGUUCACUAUCUCACGAGAGUCCCAUCAUCAUCGUUGGUGCAGGCGUAUUCGGUCUUUCAAGUGCUCUAUACCUAGCACAAGCAGGAUACACCAACAUCACAGUCUUUGACAAGCAGCCGUACGACAAGAAUGCCUACUCCACAGCUGAUGGGGCGGACGCAGCUAGUGCCGACUUCAACAAAGUCAUGCGCAUGAGUUACGGAGAAGAGCUGGACUACCAACGCCUUGCAUGGGAUGCUAUCCAAGUCUGGCGGGUGUGGAAUAAACAGAUUUCGUCGUCCUCGUCGCAUGACUUGCCCAAGGGCCUCACCUCGUCAGACAAAGUGUGGAACAACUGCGGUUUCCUCCGCAUGAGCACAGACGAUGAGUUGACCCAAUUCGAGAAAUCCACUCUGGAGAAUAUCACUCGGGAAGGGUUACGAUCCACCCAGUUUGUUAUUGGCGACCCAGAUGAUGAGAAGCGAGCGCCUCACUAUUUUAGGGAGGGAGAAUGGCACAAGAAGUCAGAUCCCUUUCACCGCAGGAGGCAGGGCAAAAGUCUUGCGGGCGUCUUUGACACAACGGCUGGCUUUGUCGAAGCCAGCAAAGCCUGCACCUGGACGAUGCAUCUCUGUCGAAAGAGUGGCGUUCGCUUUGUGCUUGGUGAGAAAGCGGGGCAAGUGUCUUUCUUCGUAAAGUCUCCUGAUGGUAACAAGACCAUCGGGAUCCGAACCGCGGAUGGAAAGGAGCAUCGCUCAGAAUUCUUGAUUUUAGCCGCUGGAGCCUGGACGCCUUACCUCUUCCCCACCAUCUCCCCAAUGUUAGAAACAACAGCGGGUAGCGUUGUGUACUUUCAGCUACCACCGCAAAAGGAUGCACCUCAUCUGUGGGAGCGAUUUUCCCCAGACAAUUUCCCCGUAUUUGCAUACGGGGGCUGGUCCAAAGGAGCCGGAAUCGGUGGAUUCCCCCGUACUUCUGAUGGAAUCGUCAAGAUCGGAUAUCGAGGAACCAAGCACACGAACUAUGAGGAAGUCCAAGACCAGAAUACCGGAACCAAACACCGCAUAAGUGUUCCCAAAACAAGAUACUGGCCACAUCCUUCCGAACCAACCAUCACGAAGCAGGCAGUAGAGGCAAUCAAGGCUGUUGUAGUAGAGGCGCUUCCCGAGUUGGCAGAGCUAGGCAUUGCGGGUUGCAGAAAUUGCUGGUACAUUGACAGCCUGGAUAACGGUUUCAUCAUUGAUCGCGUACCCGGCGAUGGGGGGAUGAUGGUGUGCUCUGGAGGGUCCGGUCACGGCUUCAAGUUUCUUCCCAUCCUUGGCAGAGAAGUAGUUAACAUUAUCGAGAAGCCGAACGAGAAGAGCCCUAUUGCCAAGUUAUGGCAAUGGAGGACCAAGUCAACUGGUCCUAAGAACGGACUUGAACAAGGAGAAUCGGGACCAAGGAACUGGACGAGACAAGAGAUGGCGACGAGAAGAGACUUUAAUUUUGGGGAGACUGCCAAAUUGUAG